UUGAUUUGUUAAAGGAUAUAUAAGUCACGUGCAAAGCACGUGUAUAAGAAGAUCUCGCAAGUUAUCUGGAGACGAAGAAGCGAGCAGAGCAGCGUAGAUCGAAGAACGCAGCCAUGAGAAAUGGAAUCCACCUCUUUCUCUUCGUUCUUCUCACUUUCCCUCUCUUCUCCCAUUCCGAAGUUAUAACCCUAGCUUCCGACACUUUCUCUGACAAGAUCAAGGAGAAGGACACUGCGUGGUUUGUCAAGUUCUGCGUUCCCUGGUGCAAGCAUUGUAAGAACUUGGGGACGUUGUGGGAUGAUUUGGGAAAAGCAAUUGAAGGAACUGAUGAAAUAGAGAUUGGGGAAGUGGAUUGUGGCACUGACAAACCAGUUUGUAGCAAAGCUGAUAUUCAUUCAUAUCCCACCUUUAAGCUCUUCUAUGAUGGUGAAGAAGUUGCUAGAUACCGAGGUUCAAGGGAUGUUGAUUCAUUGAAGAACUUUGUUUUGGAAGAAGCUGAUAAGGCAGCAACAAAUGCACAAGCACAACAACUAGAUAGUGAUAGAGAACUAUAACUACUUUUUGAGCCAUUUCCUGGACCAAAACCUGUUCUAUGAGAUACGCGGUGCACAAAUUUAGCGAUUUUCUUUUGGGAUUCAAACUGAGAUUAGCAAAGAUACAUUCUAUUCUGCUCCGACCGGCAUUUGUUUGUUCGACCCUGCAGUUGUAUGAGUUUAGAACUAAUCUUUGUAUACUACCACAUUUGUAUUGUCUUUUCCAUACUUUACAAAACCGAUAGCAUGUUGUUUAUGAAAAGGGUUCAAUUGAAUAUGGACGAAGAUGGAUUGACUCCAUUUAGUUUAA